AUGACCACGGAAAUGCAACAACGGCCAGGCACAUUCGAUAUUCACGAGGAUGCUGCUACUGAAGAGACUGAGAUGAUGCUCGACGAAGAGGAAAAGAAGAAGAAGAAGAAGAGGGAGGAGGAGGAGGAGGAGGAGGAGGAGGCCCAAGGGGAAUACGACGACGGCAACUCUGAGGAGGAGAAUGUCGAAGACAGUGUCCAGGCAGACAUGGAUAAGCUGCGCAGAGACUUUCCCGGAUUUCACGAUAAAUACAGAUUGAUCAAGCGCAUUGGCGAGGGCACAUUUUCUACUGUCUUCAAGGCCGAAGACCUUCGUUAUGAUCACUACGACAACGAUUGGGACUUUGAAGAUGACGGUACAAAGUGGACGCCGCCGCCUCUAAAACGCGAUUCAAGCCAGACCUCGCAGCGUCCAAAAGCGAAAUCGCGAUUUGUCGCGAUCAAAAAAAUUUACGUCACGUCAAGUCCCGCGCGCAUAUUGAAUGAACUUGAGCUCCUGCAUGACCUGCGACAGUGUCCAUCAGUCUGCCCACUCAUCACAGCUUUCCGCCAGACAGACCAGGUCGUGGCCAUCCUGCCAUACUUUCGUCAUGGAGACUUUCGUGCGUAUUUCCGCGACAUGACCGUUCCGGAUAUUGCUAUCUAUCUGCGGUCACUUUUCACAGCUCUCAAGAGUGUCCAUGAGCACAAGAUUCUACACAGGGAUAUCAAGCCCACAAACUUCCUCUACGACCCUGUCACGCAGCACGGAGUUUUGGUGGAUUUUGGACUGGCAGAGCGAGAAGGAUCCGACAGCAAGCCCUGCCUCUGCCACCAAACCCGCGAAGCGCGCAAGCAUCGCCAAGCCAACUCGGUUUGGGCGCAGACCGCGACGACAUCACAAGCUGGAUACCCUAAGUCAGAUACGCGUCCAUCGCGGCGAGCCAAUCGCGCAGGUACCAGAGGCUUCCGUGCUCCAGAAGUGCUGUUUAAAUGCACCGAGCAAACCACGUCGAUCGACAUCUGGUCAGCUGGCGUGAUUUUGCUCACCAUCCUGUCGAAGCGCUUCCCGUUUUUCAACUCUGCUGAUGAUGUUGAGGCCAUGAUUGAGAUUGCCACCAUCUUCGGGUCCAAGCGGAUGAAGGCGGCAGGCUUGCUGCACGGGUGCGUCUUUGAAACGACAAUUCCGACGGUGGGACAGCAGGGGUUCACGAUGGAAAAGAUCAUUCUCUGGAGUACCUGCCGAACAGACGAAAACCCAUUGACUGAUGAGGAGAAGCUAGCCGUUCGUUUCUUGGAGCGGUGCAUGGAGCUAGACCCAAAUCGCCGCAUGACAGCCGAAGAGGCGUUGGAACAUGAACUUUUACGACUUGACCAGCCGCCAGAGGAUGAAUUGGCUGACGAUGACGAAAUGGAUAUGCUCGAGGCAUGA